AAUACGCACACAAACACAUUUCUAUUCCAACGCACGAAAUAAGCGGUAAAAUUUAGAAGCGAUAGUGCAAAAUUUUAAAUUUCCGCGUGCUAUAUCAAACAAAGGCUGAAAAAUAUAAGUAAAACGAGUUUAAUUAGCGACACUUAAAAAUCUAGUUGGUUUUCGACAUAGCCGAGAAGAAAGUCGUGCGACUGUUCGUGUGUAGAAGAAAAUAGAAUAAAAGCAAAUAGCGAAGGAGUCUCAUUUGUGUCUGUUGGAUUGCAAAUAUAAAUACUCGCUAACAUAAUGUCUGGAAUUGCAAUCACCCGUUUAGGUGAGGAACGUAAAGCUUGGCGCAAAGACCAUCCCUUCGGUUUUGUUGCACGUCCAGCUAAAAACCCAGAUGGCACAUUAAAUCUUAUGAUUUGGGAAUGCGCUAUUCCCGGCAAGAAGGGCACCGCUUGGGAAGGUGGUCUGUACAAGCUACGUAUGAUUUUCAAAGAUGAUUAUCCAACAUCACCUCCAAAGUGUAAAUUCGAACCUCCACUAUUCCAUCCCAACGUGUAUCCGUCUGGUACGGUGUGUUUGUCACUGUUGGAUGAGGAGAAAGAUUGGCGCCCGGCAAUUACCAUCAAACAAAUAUUGCUUGGUAUUCAAGAUUUGCUUAAUGAACCGAAUAUUAAGGAUCCAGCACAAGCAGAGGCAUACACAAUCUAUUGUCAAAAUCGUUUGGAAUAUGAGAAGCGUGUGCGUGCACAGGCACGUGCAAUGGCAGCCACUGAAUAAGAGGACGAAUUGAAUGCAUUUCGCACAUACACACAAAUACAUAUAUUAAUAGUUAGAAGACGAGAAAUACGGGGUGAAACGAGUAAGUGUAGUCUGAAAGUCGAAUGGAUCAUUAAGGGGCGUUCGGGCUUAUACUGCGCUUGGACGUAAACAGUGAUUUAAAAGCAUUUUCCGAAAUGCUCUUAAUACUAGUGUUCCCUCAUAAUUAAAGGGGACAAAGUAAUUAUUUAAAUUAUUACUGUAUUUGUCUAUAUAUACAUAUAUGAUCCUAGUUUUAAAUAAAACAAAUCAGAUGUAUUUACAUAUGAAUUACAAAAAAAAAAAAACAUAAAUAAUAAACUUGUGUGGUUGCAAAACUCUGGAAGGAUCGCACCUCAACAUAACUAACGUUUUAUUUUUUAGUUUAUUGCGCUCAGCAUUACUUAUAUACUUAAAUUAUACCUACAAUAUUUCUAAUUCAUUCAUAAAUGCCACUUCAAGAAACAAGUUUAAUUUUUUUUAUAUACAAAUAAAUAAAGCUAUAAUAUGAU